AUGUAUGAUGAGGCAAUGAGCUUUUGCAAAGCAUAUCAUGAUACUUUUAGUGCAUUAUACAAACUAGAUUCAUUCGAUGAGACCGUAAUUGACAAAAUUUUCCAAGAUAUCAAAAUCAAUUUGAUAGAAACAAAAGUCUGCACGCCUUCGAAUAUUUUAUAUAUUAUUCCAGAAAUAGUCCGGUUCAGAUGCCAAUAUUUUAAGUCAUAUUGGUUUUUAUUCAAAAAAGUUUACGAUGAAUAUCAACCAGGUAAGUUAAUUAUUAAUUCUGAUCCAUUUCAAUACCUUAUGUUCAAAGAAUAUGGAAUUCCUUGCAAUGAGGAGGUAAUUGAAGAAUGUAAAGAUCUUACCAUGGAUGUAUAUGAAAAAUGCACAAUUAACAGAGCAAUUAUGGAAAAUGACUUGCAAACAUUUAUUAAAUUCACUGAACUAGAAGACUUUGAUGAAAAUCAAACAUUGCAUAGCAUUUUCUAUCCUCGAUCUAUGACUUUACUUGAAUUAUGUUGCUAUCACGGAUCUGUUGAUUGCUUUAAGUUAUUAAUCAGUAAAUUCGGCUUAGACAUCACAGAGAAUUGCUUUGGUUUAUCAUUUUUGAGUGGAAAACCAGAUAUUGUCAAUGAAUGCUUGAAGUAUACAAAUCUCAAAGAUCCAUUUUUAAACGACGAUCGUAUUAAAUAUGCAAUGGUAUCUCAUAACAUUGAUUUUGUUUCAUUUCUAAUGAAUGAAUGCAAUAUACAUACAAUUUUAAUUAAUUGUACAAGAUACAAUAAUAUUCAAGCAUUUUUAAUGUACUUGGACCAGACAAAAAGUAUCAACAAAUGUUUUGUAGAAUCACCGGCUUUUAAUUUGCUUCCUCUUUGUGAAUAUCUCUUAUCAAAAGGAGCUGAUAUCAAUGCAAAAAAUGAAUUAGGAGAGACAUGUCUUUUUAGUGCAGCCAACUAUGGUAAUGCAGAGCUUAUCGAGUUUUUAAUUUCUCAUGGAGCUGAUGUCAAUGCAAGGAAUGAUAAUAAAUGUACACCACUUUUCGAAGCAGCAAAUAAAAAUAAUAAAGAGGCAAUAGAGUGUUUAAUUGCUCAUGGAGCUGAUGUAAAUGCAAUAAAUUCCUUAGGCGACAAUCCACUGUUUUAUUUAUUAGCAUCUCACAACAAAGAACUUGCACUAGAAAUUGCAGAAAUUUUCAUUUCCAAUGGAAUAGAUUUCAAUAAAAAGAAUGAAAAAGGAAUGAACGCCUUUCAUCAAGCAGCAUACAUAUCCAACAAAAAUGCACUAGAGUUAUUUAUAUUGCACGGUGCUGAUUUUGCAUCAAAGAGUAGUGAUGGGAAAACCGCACUUCACUACGCUGCAGUUUCUAAUGCUAGAGAAUCAUAUGAAUUUCUAAUAUCACAUGACAUUGAUGUCAAUGCAAAAGAUAAAGAUGGAAAUACAGCCAUUCAUUAUAUCACACUUGAAAAUCACAGAGGCUUUUAUCCUUGGGAAACAAGUCCAAAUAUACAAAAAACAUUUGGAUAUUUGGUUUCUCAUGGAGCAGAUAUCAACGCAAAAAACAAUAAAGGAAAAACAGCUCUUCAGAUGGCCAGAGAUCAAAAAAAUACAUUUAUGGAAAAUAUUCUUAAAUCGCUUGGUGCUGAGUAA